GCUACAGAAUUUCUAUGUCCAAAGUAAUUCAUGGUCGAAAUUUAUUGCAGAAUUAUUUUUAAUAUUUCUGUUUGUGUUAUUGUAUUUUGAGAUGGAUAAUAUUAACACGUUUGUAGAAAUUUUACAAAAGACAGAGGCAGUUUGUGAAAAACAGUUUGAAGAAAAGAAAAAAAAACAAAAUUUAGAAUAUAAUCAUUUGAUGAAUACAUUAAAAGCUAUACGAGAUGAGAGAAAUGAGUAUAAGGAAACUUUCAGUAAGAAUCUUCGACGCAUAACGACUUAUAAAUACUUAAUACAUAACUUAUGUGCAAAUAAUGUUGACUCUACUCCAGCAUUACCAAUUUCUCAUGAACAUCAU